AUCAUCGAAUUGCAAAUGGACACCAUUAGGUGGGAGGCAUUUGCUGAGCAGCAGGGGUACCUAUUUUUAGUACUGGCAGAUGGCAAAGCCAAGCAUUGAUGCACACUAUCAUUCGGAUUCCCCACCUCUUCCUCUAAAGAGCUGGCCCCACGAGAUUCAUUUCGAGAUUACCCAGAGUUCCUCUUUAAAAAGAGGCGCGUCAAACAUGGCGGAGGUAGACGACUCUGGUGAAAGUAAUUCACGGACACCUCCAGCAAGGAGAGGGAAUCCUCCCCGUGUGAGGAAGAAAAAUCGUUUGAUAUUCAAUGAAGAUGAAGAAACUUGUGUAUCAGCAAUGCGAAUGCCACCUAAGAAAACAAAGUAUUCUUCUCCAGCAAGAAGUAUACUAACCACCCCUGACAAAAGAGCAGCACACACUAUAGGUGUAAGGCUGAGAAACUUACUUAAGUUACCCAAAGCCCAUAAGUGGGUGUGUUAUGAAUGGUUCUAUUCUAACAUUGACCAAGUCUUGUUUGGAGGUGAGAAUGAUUUCUGUAUAUGUCUUCGAGAAACUUUUCCUCAACUCAAGCUGCGUAAAAUGUCUAGAGUGGAGUGGUGUAAAAUAAGGCGUCUCAUGGGGAAACCAAGAAGGUGUUCUUCAGCAUUUUUUGCUGAGGAGAGGGCAGCACUUGAAGCAAGAAGGGCAAAGAUAAGACUUCUUCAGCAGAGAAAACUAAAUGAGCUGUUAAGUUUUAAGGACAUGCCAGAUGAAAUCCCAAUGCCUCUUGUGAUAGGGACCAAAGUCACAGCACGUCUGCGAUGUCCUCAAGAUGGGCUGUUUACUGGGUCAGUUGAAGCUCUGGACACUGUGUCCAAUACUUACAGAAUCACAUUUGACAGACAGGGCCUAGGGACACAUUCAAUCCCAGAUUUUGAAGUACUGAGCAAUGACCCCCAAGAAACCAUCCCACUGUCAGCAUUUCAGCAGAAACAUAGGCCCAGGCAACAAAAUCUUUUUUCACCACCAAGAUUUUUACCAGGAUCCCCCACUUUGGAUAAUGACCCUCUUCUUGGAUCUUCACCAUUAAAAGGCAGAGUAAUGCCUCUAGACAGUGGCACAUAUGGUGGUUUUCCUAUAAAAUUUCUUGUUUUAGUGACAAGAUUAUCAAAGAUUCUGAUGGUGAAGAAAGAAUGUUUAAAACAGUUGAAAGACAUGAAUACACAAGCGGAAAAAUUGAAAUCAUACCAAGAGCCCCUGACAAUGGAGUUCCAGAAGAAGUAUGCAGGGCUUAUUCUGGAGCUGGAUAAGUUGAAUAAGGACCUAAAUGACUACUUGGUGGGAGUGCAGCAGUUCUGUCAACAGUUGGCCCCAGACCAGGGGUUGCCUGCAUUAGACCAACCCAGUGAGAUCAAGCGUAGGACAGAGGAGGAAGCAGAGGAUCUGGUCAGGACCAUCAACCUGUCACAGGUUGCCAGGCGUCAGGUCAGAAGUGAGAAGAUGCUGGAUUUGGUGACGAAACUGACAUCUAUGAUGAUGCAGAUCAAAACAUUUGCUGAAUCUGACAUGAAUUCCUUCGAAUUCCGUUCACUUCAAGAUUCACUAGCAGAAGUCAAGGAGACCAUUAAUCCUGCAAACUCUUUGUGUUUCCAGAAUAGUGUUGAGAUACAUAUCAACCAUAUUCAGAGUGGUUUAAGUCAGAUGGGUAAUCUGCAUGCUUUUGCUGCCUCUGGGAUGCAGUUCUGAACUCGGCAGUGGUCAUGGUGCCAGUUUUUAUGGAGUCUGCAUGAUAAAAAUUAUCGACUCAAACUAUUUUUGGAAAGAAGAAACAAGAUUUAAACUGUUUAAAAAUGAAACUGUUCACAUCUGUCAGAAGUGACAGUUAUUAGUAUUUCAUCAUGUUUUGCAAUUUCCGUAAUAGACAUUUUUCAAAAUUUAACCUCAAGAUCAAUGGAGAACAUAUUUCAUAGAUGGUGAAUUUGCAGUCAUUUCUUCAGUUUUUAUACAUUUAUUACUGUAAAUGAGCUCAUUUCACAAACUCUUGUGAAAUGUUGUGGUUGCUUAUUUACUGACAGUGAUAUGAAGUGGAUUAAGUUUGAUACAAAUACAAUUAUGUCAAUUUUGUCAAGGUAUUAGAAGCUUUGAGGAUUAUUUAAAGUGUAAUAACAAUUAUUAUGUGUAGUAAAUCUCAGGGUCUUCUGUCACAAAGACUCGAGGGUUUGUAUUCAUUGUGGGCUAAUGGCCCCUUGUAGGAAUUGUCAUAAAUCAUUGACCGGUUCUUUUCUAUAAUUGUACAGUACAGUGUAAAUAGUGCACUUUUUAUGCAUUAAACGGUAAAUAAAUGGCUAAUC